AUGGCUAGGCUGAUAAAGCUUGUAUCGAAGGCCGUGCAACGAAGCAUGUCUCCCAUAGGCGACCGUCCAGUAACAGGUACGAAAAAAGAGCAGCUAGAAGAUGGCAGGCGAUCCUCAGCUUGCAUUCGACUUGGCCAGUUUCGAUGGAACCAUUCAGCUUUACAUAGCGCUCUUGGCAGGCUCCGCGGCCACCGACGUGGUUGCUUGGUGAACUCGUCUAUACCGUCCAUCUACGCUACACGCUUAGCGGAGUUGUAUAGAAAUCGUGCAGCCACAACGAAGUUGAUGCGGCAGGCUAAAUUCCGCCUUUUGAGUCUUGCAUACAAUGCCAGCCUCGCGCCUGACGAUGGUUUCUUCCGUCUUCCCAACGCAUCGAGUUCCGCAGGCGGUAUAGGCUCUUUGCCAUGGAAGCAUUCGAAUACACCAUUUUCGACCACCGCUAAGACACUUGCCUACUGGAGAUUGUGUCCAGCGCUCACAUCGACGAGAUACAUUACACCAGCUGUCCAGGACGACAUAGAAAGCCAAGAAGCUCUCUCGUAUUGCUGA